AUGCCGCUCACCAUCACCUUCACAUUCGUCGCAGCGCCGCCUCUCCUCCCUCCUUUCCGUAGCAGAAGGCCCACUCCCGCAUCUCGAACCCUGCUGCGCGCAUCAGGGCAACCGUCCCAACAGCAUUCGACCAGCCGUCGCGCCCUCCUGCACCUGGCAUCGAUAUCCGUCCUCUCCACAAUCCUUCCUGCGCCCUCGAGUCCCGCCACCCGCUGCCUUCCAGAAGGCGCCGCAGUUACUGCACUCACCGAUGUUGCGUGGCCGCCUUCCAUGCCGUUUGCGGCAUCCGACUUUGCCCGCUUCGACGAGCGUCCGGAUGAUGUCUUCUAUUCCUUCCCGCGCCUCGUGCGCCACAUUGACGGGCCUGCGGUUGCGGCCCUAGGGUCGUACUAUCGAUCUCUGCUCCCCAUGGCCAGCGAUGUUCUCGACGUGUGUGCUUCGGUGGAGGCGUAUCUACCAGGCCAAUGGCCUGGACGGCGUGUGGUUGCUGGCGUAGGGAUGAAUGAAGUCGAGAUGCAGCAAAACCCUGCUCUCAAUGAGUUUGCGGUUCGCGAUCUCAAUGUCAACCCGAAAUUGCCUUAUCCGGACGAGAGUUUUGACCUGGUUAUGUGCAAUGUUAGCAUUGAUUAUCUCACCAAACCAGUGCAAGUAGUGCAGGAAAUGCGCAGAGUGCUGAGAAAAGGUGGGAAGGUUGCGAUUAGUUUCAGCGACAGGGUUUUCGGGACAAAAGCCGUCUCCGCAUGGAUGAGUGGCGGUGACCAGGACCAUGUUUAUAUCGUCGGCGCCUAUCUGCACUACGCGCGUGGGUUAGCGGAGCCCAAAGUCCUUGAUCUCACGCCGAGAAAGGGCGGAAAGUGUACCAGCGAUCCUCUCUACGUUGUCCAGGCGACGAAACUCUAA